AAAUUAGAUCCGCAUUUGAUUAACUGAAUUGAUAAUUUCUAAAAUUAUAUUGACGUGUAGGUUUUGAUAAACUUGUUCGAAAUUUCCACGUGUUAUUACAAAUGCAUUGUACGCGUUUUUAGAACAUCACGUAAUUCCUUCUUUUGAUUUCACCAGACACUGCACUAUUGAUUGGCCUAUUUAAAUUCGGAAUACCUCGGAAGCCGUCUAGUGUACGAAAUGUAAACAAUCGCCCCGAGUGUCCUAUAUAAAUCGUCUUAACGGGACUCUGUCUGAGAGAACGAAACUAAAAACAUCAGAAGAUGAACAGACAAUAUAUAGUGGAUCUGGGAAUGUACUCCGCCCUGGGGUGCGCCACCAUGUUCUGCGGCUCCGCUUACUACGUUAACUUCGUGCAGACUCCUGCCAUGAUGCAGGUGAAAGACACGAAGGCGGUGAGGGAUCUAUGGAAGGAAUCAUUUCUACGUGCCAAAAAGUACCAGAAAGGCUUCGCGAUUUCGUCUAUGAUCUGUACGACUCUCUUGGGGAUUAACGAGCAGUCUAAGUAUCGCUGGCUAUGGUUCGGAAGCGCCGCCGCCAUCUUUGCCGUCAUCCCGUGGACGUAUAUUGUUAUGAUGCCAGACAUCAAGCGUCUCUUGGACGAUGACGUCAUGGACAAGGAGGGGGAUCAGUGGGUCCGAGACAAAAUUAGCCUUUGGAGUCGUCGCCAUGGCGUCCGAACCUUCCUUUCUGACGUCAGCGUUAAUCUUAUGUUGGCAGCAAUUUACAUGACCCGGAUGUAAACCGUCGCUCUGAUCAGAGAGCCCAAAACGAGACAUGGAGGAUUUUUUUAAAAUCAUAACGAUGCAUAAUGUCAAUUGACUGGAAAAAGUGUGCUUGAAAAGUUAGAUAGCAUAUUUAUGAAUGUAUUUGUUAUGAUGCAUUUUUGAUUUACGUGGAGUUAUAAUCAAUGUUUAUUGAUGUGAAUCGUGGAGUUAGAAUCAAUGUUUAUUGAUGUGAAUCGAUGGUGUGAUACGGCUUUUAUAUGUCUGAAUAUUGAAAAUUUUAGGAGAUAGAUUAAAGUAUAUAUAUAUAUAUUUUAAAA